AUGGCGCUGCUUACCGAGAAGGCACUCGUCAACUACGAGGAGCAGGAAGCUGCCUUUGUCGACUUCCUGAAGCACUUCAAGUCGUCGUCGACCGCCGCCGAAGAGCAAUUGGAGCGCCUGACCCUCGGCGGCAAUGCCAACGACGACGAGUGCGACAUGGCCGACGACUCGGACGGCCCGGCCCCGUCGCAGCGCGCCCGCCGGUCCAAGAGCAAGUACAUGGACAUGCUGCAGGACGUCGCGAACCGCGUGCGCAGCGACAUACUCAUCGAGCUAAACGACGUCGACGCCGUACGUAGACCCUACGAGCGGGCCACCGUGGACGACGAGACCAACUACAGGCUCGUCGAGUCGAUUGAGCGCAACGCCCACCACUACCUCGAGAUCCUGUCCCGAGCCGUCGACAAGUGCCUGCCGCCGCCCACGCGCGAGAUCAACUUCAAGGACAAUGUCCUCGACGUCAUCAUGACACAGCGGUCGAAGCGCAACGAGAGGAUACAAGAGCUGCAGGGCGUCGAGGACAGCGCGCAAGCCGAGCCAGAGUCCAUCUUCCCCGCGGCCUUGACUCGACGGUACACGCUCAACCUGGCGCCCAGGACGGCAUCCGCGUCCAGCAGCCAGCGCCCCGCCAAGGCUCUCGCCGUGCGCAACGUCAAGGGCGAGCACCUGGGCCAGCUCAUCACCGUGCGCGGUAUUGCGACCAGGGUGUCCGACGUCAAGCCUGCCGUGCUCGUCAACGCCUACUCGUGCGACCGCUGCGGCAGCGAAGUCUUCCAGCCCGUCAGCACAAAGCAGUUUACGCCGCUCGUCGAGUGCCCGUCGGUCGACUGCAAGAACAACAAGACCAAGGGCCAGCUGUUCCUGUCGACGCGGGCCUCCAAGUUCCUCCCCUUCCAGGAAGUCAAGAUCCAGGAGAUGGCCGACCAGGUUCCCGUUGGGCACAUUCCUCGCCAGCUCACCAUCCACUGCCACGGUGCCCUCGUGCGCAGCGUCAACCCCGGCGACGUCGUCGACGUCGCUGGCAUCUUCCUUCCCACCCCCUACACAGGCUUCAAGGCCAUGCGCGCUGGACUGCUCACAGACACGUACCUCGAGGCCCAGCAGGUGGUGCAGCACAAAAAGGCCUACGACGACAUGGUCCUUGCGCAGCCCACGCUGAAGAGGAUGAAGGAGCUCGAGAGGUCCGGCCAGCUGUACGAGUACCUCUCGCGCUCGAUUGCCCCCGAGAUCUUUGGUCACGUCGACGUGAAGAAGGCGCUCCUUUUGCAGCUCAUUGGAGGCGUCACAAAGGAGGUCAAGGACGGGAUGCGCAUCCGUGGCGACAUCAACGUCUGCCUGAUGGGCGACCCUGGUGUCGCCAAGUCGCAACUUCUCAAGUACAUCACCAAGGUGGCCCCCCGUGGCGUCUACACGACCGGCCGCGGUAGCAGCGGCGUGGGGCUGACGGCUGCCGUGAUGCGCGAUCCUGUCACUGACGAAAUGGUCCUCGAAGGCGGCGCUCUUGUCUUGGCCGACAACGGCAUGUGCUGCAUCGACGAGUUCGACAAGAUGGACGACAGCGACCGGACCGCCAUUCACGAGGUCAUGGAGCAGCAGACCAUCUCCAUCAGCAAGGCCGGCAUCACCACCACGCUCAACGCUCGCACAUCGAUCCUCGCCGCCGCCAACCCCCUCUACGGCCGCUACAACCCUCGCAUCUCCCCGGUCGAGAACAUCAACCUCCCCGCUGCGCUCCUGUCCCGCUUCGACGUACUCUUCCUUAUUCUAGAUACCCCUUCGCGAGACUCGGACGAGGAGCUGGCGCGCCACGUCGCCUACGUCCACAUGCACAACGCUCACCCCGAGGCUGCUGGAGGCGUCGUGUUCAGCCCUGCCGAGGUCCGGCAGUGGGUUGCCCGCGCCCGCUCGUACCGGCCCACGGUGCCAAAGCCCGUCUCGGAUUACAUGGUUGGCGCGUACGUUCGCAUGCGCCAGCAGCAGAAGCGAGACGAAGGCUCAAAGAAGGCUUUCACACACACAUCGCCCCGCACGCUGCUUGGCAUCCUGCGUCUCGCGCAGGCCCUGGCCCGUCUGCGAUUCGCGGACGAGGUCAUUUCCGAGGACGUCGACGAGGCGCUCCGUCUGACCGAAGUCAGCAAAGCCAGCCUGUACGUGGACGAGAAUCGCCGGGACGACCGCACUCCGAGCAGCAACAUCUACCACCUCAUCAAGUCUAUGGAGGCCAGCGGAGCCGCGGCCCUCGGCGACGGAACACGAGGCGAGCUGGAUCUUCGCCGCGUCCGCGAACGCGUGCUGGCCAAGGGCUUCACCGCGGACCAGUUCGAGCAGGCCGUCGACGAGUACUCGAUGCUCGAUGUCUGGCAGACCGCCGGCGAAGGCACGAGGCUCGUGUUCAUCGAAGCGGGAGACGAAGACAUGGACGCCGACAACGACUUUUGA